GGAGGCAAGGUACCUAGGUAGGAGUGCAGCAGCAAUAAAGUCGACAAAUCAUCAUUCGAUUUGAUUUCCGAAAUGGCGGAAGGAAAAGCUUAAUACAGAGAGAGCACCACGAGUACUUACUCCUAUCCAUCACACUCCCUCUCGAGGUGAAUCCUUCUUCCUCCAAGGGCUGGAAGCUUUCUUAUUUCAUUUCACAAUCCAUUGUCACAUCUUACUACCUACCUGCCCGGGCUAACCAACCUCGGCUGCACUCGAGCAUAUACGUAUAUACUGAACGGCUAAUGACAGAUAUUGAAAAUCAAUAUUCCAUAGAUCCGAAAUUGUGAUUUCCAUCUGGAGAAAAGUAUCAUUAUGUGUGUGUGUUGAUCACCCAUCUAAUUCCGGUUAGAUUCAUCCGCAGAAUUCCAAUAUGCAAUGUGACGGGUGAAGGCAAUCUAACGACUGUGCAUUCAUUCAUGUCAGCAUGGUGAUAUAGUGCUUAUCUGUAUCACCGCCCACCAUGUGAAGAAUCUGCGGGAAAGGGAGGGGCGAUCAAAAACUCUCGACUGCCUCGAAUUUUCGGCAUUCCUUGGGAAUUCUCAAUCCCUAAUAGAUCACACUAUUUGUCUUCAAGCAUUCAUAUCUUUCCAGGAUGCCUUCGAUUGAUCAACCUUUCAAGCCUAGCUUUUAUCCUUCCUCGGAACCCGACUCAUCUCCACGAAUCCAAGAAGUUAUCAAAGCACUCAAUCUUCUCCCACAUAUUGAGGGUGGUUUCUUUGCAGAAACAGAUCGAGCCUCAGACGUCGUUCCCUCACCAUUUGACUCCCAUAAAUCCUCUACUACAGAUCUUGCUCCCCAAAGACCUGGCUUCGAUCCUACCGUGCGAAAUUCAUCGACUAGUAUCUUCUAUCUGCUUACGCCGCAUGGUCCGCAAGGUGGCUUUCAUCGGAAUAAGGGGAGAACCGUCCAUACAUUACACAGAGGCCGAGGGAGAUAUAUUUUGAUACACGCUGAUGAAGAGGGUCCAGAAAAGAGAAUCGAGACAUUCGUUGUUGGUCAAAAUGUUGCUGCUGGCGAAAAGUUGCAAUGGAUUGUAGAUGGUGGGAAAUACAAGGCAUCCUACUUGUUACCAGAUGAUGAAGGCGGUAAAGAUAGUGAGGGGCUUUUAAUCAGCGAGACUGUUGUUCCCGGGUUUGAGUAUUGUGAUCAUGAUUUUUUAUCCCCUGAGGGAUUGAAAGAGCUUGUGACUUCUGAGAAAGCGGAGGAAUUGAGUUGGCUGCUUAGUCCUUUGGGCAAACGGGAGUGACAGAAAGUUUCUUUGCUCAUGGAACUUACAAUCACAUAAAAUCAUGGGAAUUUUAGGAAGCCAUAGUGUUCGUGAAUCUUGUUCCUACACUCGGUUGAUUAAUCACAGAUUUUAAUCUUUUUUCUUACAUCUAGAAAACUGCUAGCUCUUGCUGCAAUUUGUAUAAAGGACGAAUGAACUGGUUAAAUGUGCCCUUCUCUUCCGGCCAGUGCCGAUGUGGAAGCUUCUCAAAACGCUUAUACAUAGUCAUAACUCCCAAUUCAUCACCAUCGUUUGGUUUUUAUCGUUUUACCACCAUAUAGCUCUUGUCCAUUUUCAGUUUUCUAAGCUAUCUGCAGGAAUCAUGUCGCCUAGAAGCGUGUUUACAAUUGUACGAGAAAUAUUAGUACAUUGUCAAAAUUAUACAUCAUCAAACUCCACA